UUAAACGAGCAUAUGCUUAGUCACACAGGAGAGAAACCUCAUGUGUGUGAAGUAUGUAAGAAGUCCUUUAGUCAGAAGUCUACUUUAAACGCAGCCAUAUGCUUAUUCACACAGGAGAGAAACCUCAUGUGUGUGAAGUAUGUAUGAAGUCAUUUAGUCGGAAGUCUACUUUAAACACCCAUAUGCUUAUUCACACAGGAGAGAAACCUCAUGUGUGUGAAGUAUGUAAGAAGUCCUUUAGUCAGAAGUCUUAUUUAAGCAGCCAUAUGCUUAUUCACACAGGAGAGAAACCUCAUGUGUGUGAAGUAUGUAAGAAGUCAUUUAAACGAAAGGAUCAAUUAAACGAGCAUAUGCUUAGUCACACAGGAGAGAAACCUCAUGUGUGUGAAGUAUGUAAGAAGUCCUUUAGUCAGAAGUCUAUUAAAGCAGCCAUAUGCUUAUUCACACAGGAGAGAAACCUCAUGUGUGUGAAGUAUGUAAGAAGUCAUUUAAACGGAAGGAUAAAUUAAACGAGCAUAUGCUUAGUCACACAGGAGAGAAACCUCAUGUGUGUGAAGUAUGUAAGAAAUCCUUUAGUCAGAAGUCUACUUUAAACAGCCAUAUGCUUAUUCACACAGGAGAGAAACCUCAUGUGUGUCAAGUAUGUAUGAAGUCAUUUAGUCUAAAGUCUACUUUAAACUCCCAUAUGCUUAUUCACACAGGAGAGAAACCUCAUGUGUGUGAAGUAUGUAAGAAGUCAUUUUAUCAGAAGUCUCAUCAAAGCAGGCACAUGCUUAUUCACAGAGGAGAGAUACCUCAUGUGUGUCAAUCAUUUAAGCGGAAGGAUCAAUUAAACGACCAUAUGCUUAGUCACACAGGAGAGAAACCUCAUGUGUGUGAAGUAUGUAAGGAGUCCUUUAGUCAGAAGUCUCAUCAAAGCAGGCACAUGCUUAUUCACACAGGAGAGAAACCUCAUGUGUGUGAAGUAUGUAAGAAGUCAUUUCGGAAGGAUCAAUUAAACGAGCAUAUGCUUAGUCACACAGGAGAGAAACCUCGUGUGUGUGAAGUAUGUAAGAAGUCAUUUAAGUGGAAGGAUCAAUUAAACAGGCAUAUGCUUAGUCACACAGGAGAGAAACCUCAUGUGUGUGAAGUAUGUAAGAAAUCCUUUAGUCAGAAGUCUACUUUAAACAGCCAUAUGCUUAUUCACACAGGAGAGAUACCUCAUGUGUGUCAAGUAUGUAUGAAGUCAUUUAGUCUAAAGUCUACUUUAAACUCCCAUAUGCUUAUUCACACAGGAGAGAAACCUCAUGUGUGUGAAGUAUGUAAGAAGGCCUUUAGUCAGAAGUCUCAUCUAAGCAGGCAUAUGCUUAUUCACACAGGAGAGAAACCUCAUGUGUGUGAAGUAUGUAAGGAGUCCUUUAGUCAGAAGUCUCAUCAAAGCAGGCACAUGCUUAUUCACACAGGAGAGAAACCUCAUGUGUGUGAAGUAUGUAAGAAGUCAUUUAAACGGAAGGAUAAAUUAAACGAGCAUAUGCUUAGUCACACAGGAGAGAAACCUCAUUCACACAGGAGAGAAACCUCAUGUGUGUGUGAAGUAUGUAAGGAGUCCUUUAGUCAGAAGUCUCAUCAAAGCAGGCACAUGCUUAUUCACACAGGAGAGAAACCUCAUGUGUGUGAAGUAUGUAAGAAGUCAUUUAAACGGAAGGAUAAAUUAAACGAGCAUAUGCUUAGUCACACAGGAGAGAAACCUCAUGUGUGUGAAGUAUGUAAGAAAUCCUUUAGUCAGAAGUCUACUUUAAACAGCCAUAUGCUUAUUCACACAGGAGAGAUACCUCAUGUGUGUCAAGUAUGUAUGAAGUCAUUUAGUCUAAAGUCUACUUUAAACUCCCAUAUGCUUAUUCCCACAGGAGAGAAACCUCAUGUGUGUGAAGUAUGUAAGAAGGCCUUUAGUCAGAAGUCUCAUCUAAGCAGGCAUAUGCUUAUUCACACAGGAGAGAAACCUCAUGUGUGUGAAGUAUGUAAGAAGUCAUUUAAACGGAAGGAUAAAUUAAACGAGCAUAUGCUUAGUCACACAGGAGAGAAACCUCAUGUGUGUGAAGUAUGUAAGAAAUCCUUUAGUCAGAAGUCUACUUUAAACAGCCAUAUGCUUAUUCACACAGGAGAGAUACCUCAUGUGUGUCAAGUAUGUAUGAAGUCAUUUAGUCUAAAGUCUACUUUAAACUCCCAUAUGAGAGAUACCUCAUGUGUGUCAAGUAUGUAUGAAGUCAUUUAG